AUGAACGCGCUCGCACUCUGGAUGGACUCGCGCGCUCGUCUCGUUGUCCUUGGUCCUCGCACUCGCCGCGCGCAGAGCCAUGGCCGAGCAAGUCGAGAAGUCCUUCCAGAAGCAGCCGCUCUUCCACAACGCGAAGGUUGCCACGACCUCGCGCAAGGUUGCUGGAAAGGACCGCAGGUGGUACAAGGAGGUCGGUCUCGGCUUCAAGACCCCCCGCGAGGCCAUCGAGGGCACCUACAUCGACAAGAAGUGCCCCUUCACCGGCCUCGUCUCGAUUCGCGGCCGCAUCCUCACCGGCAAGGUCAUCUCGACCAAGAUGACCCGCACCAUCAUCAUCCGCCGCGAGUACCUCCACUUUGUCCCCAAGUACUCGAGGUACGAGAAGCGCCACAAGAACGUUGCCGUCCACUGCUCGCCCGCGUUCCGUGUCGAGGUCGGCGACAUCGUCACCGUCGGCCAGUGCCGCCCCUUGUCGAAGACCGUCCGCUUCAACGUUCUUCGCGUGGCCGCUCAGCGCCAGAAGGGCUUCUCCAAGUUCUAGGGCGCUCGCGCGGUUGCAUUGAAUAG